GCCUGCAAGGCUGCUUGCAGGUUCUGAAACGGUUCGAGAACUUCGUUCCGACCCACCCCAAAGAUCUCAUCAGGAAGGUCCACAAAACAAAAAGCACACAAACUUGCCCCCCCCUCGUCGCAGACAGCUUAUUGCAUUUUAGAAAUCCAACAUGGCUUCUUCCAAGAAACGCAGCAGCGAGGAAGCAGAAAAUCCCAACAAACCUGUUUCUGUUCUAUCUUUGAUUUCCGAGAAUCACGCCACUCGUCACCGUCCCGAACACACGCUCGUGGGGGCCUACACCAGCAAGGCCGUGGCGGUAGAGGCUGCUGGAGUGGUUGAAGCGGAUGGUUACGGAACGUUUGAGGAUGCCCUUGACAAAAUGCUUGAAGAUGAUCACAUCGAUAAUAGGCAAAACCCACCGGACGACGGUUGUUUGAUCCAGAUUGGCAGCAAGGAGACCGGAGAAGGCAAUUUUGUGAGGUUGGAGAUCAAGAAAAUGCCGCUUCAAGAUGCCUCUUCGGUAGCCUUGCAUCUGUCCAAGAGAUUAUGUAGGAGUCCGGGUGACAUUUCGACCUCAUCCAGCGAUGAUGAUGAUGAUGAGGAAUAGCAAGUGAAAUGAUGCAAAAUUGUUGCUUGCUUCUCUUGAAAAUCGGCCAGAUCAGCCGACCACGAGGUUUCGCAUCAUUGGUAGCAUCAUCUUUUGAAGAAAGUUUAACUCUUGUUGUGGAUUUUUUAAUAAACGGGAACCCAUAGCUAGCGGUGCGAACAUGGAGUGCUUCUCCGCCGACCUUCUCCAUCGGCGGUAGUAUCGUUACAGAAAACUGAUCCCGAGUAUCCCGUUCUGGGGUUGUGAUCUCUUCUGUCUGUCAACAAGUCCUGGC